AUGACAUCAAAUGACAUUUCUACAAUACCUUUAUGUGAAAAAAAAAUUUUAAUAUGUCAAAUAUGUAAAAAUAAAGGAAUAAUCCUUAAAGAUUACCAGUAUGAACCAUCGAAUGGAAUGGCUCUAUUUCAACCAUGUAAAUGUAAUUCAUAUAUUCAUUGGAAAUGUUGGUUAAGAUAUUGGUAUAAUCAUCAACAAAAUUAUUUUAGAUUUUGUAAAAUUUGUGGUGAUUUUUAUAAUUUUGAUUUUGAUAAAAAAAUUAAUUUAAAAGAAGAAUGUUAUAUUUGUAAAGAUAAAUAUUUUAUGAAUUCACAACGUUAUCCACUACAUGAUACACGAUGGAUUAAACCAUGUUCCUGUGAGAUAAAAGUUCACCAUGCUUGUAUAAUUUCUAUCUAUGAUUUAUAUAAAAAAUGUCCAAAAUGUUGCUCUAAACCUGUUUUAAAAACUUAUGGUAGUAUAUGGGAUAUGAUGCGCCGUUAUUUCUGUUCAACAACAUUAUUUGCUAUCAUUUUAUUAUGUGGUUUACUAUUAUUGUACCUAAUUUCUUACCAUUUUUUUCCUCAUCGUCAAAUUCAUUAUUGCAAUAUUAUAUUUUUUAUAGGAAUUGCUGUGUAUAUAUCUAUUUUUUUAACUAUUACAAUAAGAUUUUAUUACUCACGAUAUCCAAAAUUUCGUAAGAGAUAUGCUAACAAAGUUGUUAUUGGUUACGAAUAA